GACCUUUGACAUGCCCAUGUAAACAAUUUUCAGUUGUCAAGAAUAGCUGAAACUUCGAUGUUUAUUGUGGUGCCAGCUGUUUUGUGCAAUAUGGUGGUAACAUGAUUGUAACCCUCAAUGGAGUGCUAUGAUAAGAUCACAACAUUAGGCCAAGGGGGUGGCGGCGCAGUCUAUCUAGUUAGACAUCAGAUUAGUAAAAGGCUUCUAGCGUUGAAGAAGAUUCAGCUGGAUGAGAAGAGAAAGACAAGAACCAGAGAUGCGGUAGAGAGAGAAGCAAAGAUCCUGUCCCAGUUGAGGCAUCCCCAUAUUGUCACGUAUCAUGAUUCUUUCUUUGAGGAACAACCAGAGUCUGUCUACCUCUGUAUAGCACAGGACUAUUGCGAUGGCGGAAACCUAGACGAGAGGAUACAGACGGCUAAGCACAGAGGCAAGCCGUUUGAUGAAGGACGGAUUAUGCAAUGGUUCAUACAGCUAGUCAUGGCUGUACAGUACAUACACUCCAAGAAAAUACUUCACAGGGAUCUAAAAACACAGAAUGUCUUCCUGACCAAGAGCGAUGUAGUCAAACUAGGUGACUUUGGUAUCUCCAGGACGUUGGAGCACACCGUUGACAAGGCCAAGACCUGCGUUGGGACCCCAUGCUACCUUAGUCCAGAGGUCUGCCAGGACCAGCCUUAUAACAACAAGUCUGACGUCUGGGCUCUUGGUUGUCUUUUGUAUGAGGUGUGUGCGUUUGAGCCUGCGUUCGACGCUCACAACCUUCUCAGUCUCUAUUACAAGAUCGUCAAAGGUGAUAACCCUACCAUUCCGUCCACGUACUCUACCGAUCUUCAAGAUUUAUUAACGUUUAUACUAGAGAAAGAUCCAGACAAAAGACCAAGUGCUACAACGAUUCUCUCUCAGGACUAUGUGCAAUACCAUCUUAGUAACUUCAUAGCGGAGAAAGAGCUCUUACAGCAGCAGCUUGCAACCACUACCACCAAACCUCAAACUGGCUCCUCCCCCAUCGCUAGGUCAAAGGUCAUCAAUGUCUCAAGCACAUUACGAAACCGUCCAAUGUCUGCCAGUCACAGGACGAGGGCGUCGUUACAAACAACUCAAACUGAUCGCCCUCCACCCAGGAGCAAGUCGUCUCUCGGUAUGCUGCCCUCUAUGCCACAGACUUGCACAGGAGAUGCCAUAAAGAAAUCACCAGGUUUACCUCCGAUCAUCCGUCCGCCCCUGGAACCUAGUGAAUCGGGCGACUACCCUGAUGACUUUGAUAGCAGCGACGAAGAGAGGGAGAGACCGGCUAAGAAUCGGACCGAUGGAGAACGCCCCCUAGUGACAACGUUGAGGCAGGUUUCAGAGAUGGAAGUUGAAGUACCAGAGGAGUGUGUAUCUGUGUCAAACUCUGACGAAGACAUAUCAAAACCCAUAUCCAUUUUUUUCUUCGUUCAUUUUUCAGAUAUCCCUGAGGAACUAGAGGUGGAGGAGGAUGCAGAAGAAAGCAAGAAAGAGAGAAGAACUGAAAGGAUAGAAGAGGAGGGAGAAGGAGAAGAAGAAUAUGCGAGUGAUUUUGAAGAAGAGGAUGAGGUUCUUGAGGGUAUCCUGAGCAAUGCAAGAACUGCAGCCAAUGUGGAGGUUCAUAACACCGAUCAGGACGAUAGCUUUGAGGACUCGGCGAACCUCUCGGAUGACAUCACAAGCUGUAGGCAGCUUCUAGCUGAUGAAUGCCGAGGGGUCCUAGGUAAUGAUAUCUUCUCUGAGAUUGAAUCUAAGAUCAGAGAGAACAGAGGGAAAGAUCUAGAUCCUGAUCAGCUCAGACUCCAAUUUGAAGAAGCUAUUGGAAGCGAGAGAAUGGAAACCUGCUACCUUCUUAGUGAGCUCCUGUCAGAGGUUCAUGACGCAGAAAGCAGGAAGAUGGGAACGAUACCAGUCUCAUGACAUGCACUCAAUGAUGAGGGAGACCAUCUCUCCUAGCUGGCAUGUUGCUUCCUAUACUGUAUGUGUUGAAUUACAAGAACAAUGUAACACAUAAUAAUAAUAAUAUUCGGCUUUUAUAUAGCGCUUAAUACAUCAACAAUGUGUCUAAGGGCUUUACAGGUAU